UAUUUCUUAGACCUGUGUCAGAUUCUCGUGUUUUUUUCUUCUUUUGAUUAAAAAAUUAGUUUGUUUUAGAUAUUAGAUUUAGUAUUGUGAAGAAGGACCAUAUUGAAUUGUGUUAUGUAGUGAUACAGUAACGUACAUUAAAUUGAACAUUGUUUACGUCUGAUUACGAGGAUACACUUAUUUCUUAUGGAUACUGGAUUACCUUUGUGGAUACUAUAUCGCUUUGGUUUUUUUCAAGUGAUUAUUUGACUCAGGUAAAGCAGGCGUUGGAAAAAUAAACUUAUAUUACUUGUGUCACACCUAUAUAUGGGUAUUCGUUUUGUGAGUUUGACGAUUUCUGAAUGCUGAGGAUUUACACGAAAUAAACGGAUAUUUUUAAGGUUUUAUUUUGUUCCAUUUAUUUCUGCUUAACUUUGGGAAAACUUCAGGUUUUCUUGCGUUAAACAUUCCACAAUGUCCACACCAAACGGUACGCCAAACGGCACCCCCGGGCGGCACGCCAGCACCCCGUCGAGGGAGUCGUCGGUCGGCCCCGCUGGGAGUGACACCUCUGAAUCUUCGGUGGACUCGACCAAUCAGAAGCCUCGAAAGCUCUUCCGGAUCCGGUCCAAAGCAGGGGAGCUGACUUUCGGCAAGCUGCUGACCAACCCUACCUUUGUCAACCCAGAACAAUCGGGCUAUGUCGGGUUCGCCAAUCUGCCCAAUCAGGUGCACAGGAAGUCUGUGAAAAAGGGCUUUGAGUUCACCCUCAUGGUUGUCGGUGAGUCAGGCCUGGGUAAAUCUACCCUGGUCAACAGUUUGUUCCUGACAGAUCUCUACCCAGAGAGGCACAUCCCUUCAGCCUCAGAGAAAAUCGAUCAGACGGUGAAGAUCGAUGCCUCUACUGUGGAGAUCGAGGAGAGAGGGGUCAAGCUGAGGUUAACUGUGGUGGACACACCCGGCUUUGGGGACUCGCUCAACUCCAUAGAUUGUUUUAAACCUAUCAUACAGUACAUUGAUGACCAAUUUGAAAGAUACCUUAACGAUGAGAGUGGGCUGAACAGGAGGCACAUCAUCGACAACAGAGUUCAUUGUUGUUUUUAUUUUGUCAACCCCUCCAGUCAUGGGCUAAAACCUUUAGACAUUGCCUUCAUGAAAGCUGUCCACCACAAGGUCAACAUUGUUCCUGUUCUGGCUAAGGCUGACACCCUCACACAGUUAGAAGUGGCCAGCCUUAAGAGAAAGAUUUUAGACCAGAUAGAUGAACAUGGCAUCAAGAUUUACCCACUACCAGACUGUGAUUCUGACGAGGAUGAAGAUUACAAAGAGCAGUGCCGCCAGUUAAAGAAUGCUGUCCCUUUUGCUGUGGUGGGAGCCAACACAAUCAUUGAGGUCAAGGGUCGCAAGGUCAGAGGUCGCAUGUACCCUUGGGGUGUUGUGGAGGUGGAGAACCCUGAACAUUGUGAUUUUAUCAAAUUGAGGACUAUGCUCAUCACACACAUGCAGGACCUGCAGGAGGUGACACAAGAGACCCACUAUGAGAACUACAGGGCUGAGAAGUUGGCCCAUGGUGGCAGCAGUAAGUCAGGAAAAUCUGCACCUGUGUCUAGAAUGGAGAAUGGAGGAGGUGAUAUGUCUGAUAAAGAGAGAGAACUCCGGCAGAAAGAAGCAGAACUGAGAAAGAUGCAGGAGAAACUGGUGCGCAUGCAGGCAGAGAUUGAUUCAAAGAAACCACAGCUGAUUCAGAAUGGUGACCUCAAAUCACAAGAUGUCUAGUUUAGUUUUUGUUUUUUUACAAAUGCUUAUUGUAACAUGGACCAGUGUGUUUCAAAGCUUACACAACGUCAACACCGUGUUCAAAGUCAAUCAAAGGAUUCAGCAUUCAACAGACCAGCUCAACAGCUUCAAGUCAUUUUUGUACAUCUCAUUCAGUCAUAUCACAGUCAUAUCACCUACCACUUGACUUUUUUUUUUUUUUGUUUCAAAUUUGAUCAUAUCACCAUCAUCCUCCAUGUCAUGUUGUGUGUUUGUUUCAUUAUUUUUAACAUGGGUGCAUAUUUUUAAUGCAUUGGCUAAAAAAAAUGUAAAUAUUUAUUGUUUAUUUUGUAAUUUUAGCCAUUAGAAAACAAGUAGUUUUAGUAUUAUAGUGAAAUAAAAAAAACAACUAGGACAACAUAUGACGUUUUCUUAACUCAAAAUGAUUAAUCAAAUUACCCCAUUAUUAGACUACUUUAAAUAAUUUUACAGAUACAUUUGAUACUAGAAUUUUUCUUUUCGGAUUAGCAUUGUGUUAUGCUUUUAUUUCUAAUUUUAAAAUAGUUUUAAACAUUUAAAUUGUUUUUUUUUUUUAGGAAAGCAGAAUUCUAGGUGUGGCAAAAUAAGAAAGUUGUCAACCAAUUAUUAAUUAUUUAAAACAUUAAUCCCUCGUCAGAAAAGAUUAACACCAUUUGUCAUGACCUUAGUCCACAGAGCUAUUAAAAAUAGUUCUAUAAAUAUCCCAUCCGUUCAGAUUUAACUGAUUAACAUCUAAUCUAGGGAACUAAAAUAUAAACAAAAUUAUUAUACAAGUGCAUACACUUUUUUGUUUAGUUAUUUUGUUUUUACAGCAGAAGUUCAAACAACAUUUACUAUGGUAACCAUGAAGCAUAAAUGUAGAAGUUAGUAAGAUGGGCAGCUCUGGGCUUGAAAGGGUUAAAUUUUUAUUUUUGACUGGUGGUUGGUUGGCUUGAGGGUUCGUGUAGUUCCAUUUUUUUUUUACAGUGUGACUGACAUUUGUUAUGUAAUCAAGGAAGCGUUUUUUUAUAAACUGUAACUUUGUAAAACAAAACUUCUUGAAAGAUUUUUAUCUGGUUUCUGCAAUGAUUAUUGCAUGUUCAUUAUUGAAUAUAGUAUAACAUAGUAUUUUAACUCUUUGUUCAAUUGAAAAAAGUAAUUUUAUGUUCUUGUACAUCGCUGAAUAUGUCAUUGUUAUUUAUGUACACGGCUAACUUCUGUGAAAAUUUAAAUCUUGGAUAAAAAUGUUCCAAUAAAAUACAUGGAGAAAUGAGAAGAUAUGUGAAUGGAAAAUCCACCUGACAAUAUCUUUGAAUGUAUUGACUGUAUUAAAGAACAUAGCUCAUACUAUUGAAACUAAAGUGCUGAAAUAACUCAUUCUGUCAAAAAUCUUUAAAAUUAUAAAAAAAAUUUAAAAUAUCUUUUUGGUAAAACAAAUGUAUUGGAUUUUAAAUUUGUAAAAUUUUAUUUAGAAGCUUAAAAAAACAACACGUUUUUGAUUUUGAAAGGACUGUUUUGAAAUUUUAAAACUUAAGUUUCAGCAGUAUCUGAUGAUCUUGUUUUUAACCCCUCAUAAAGAAAAAUCUGGCAACUCAGUGAUAGUUUGCUCUUGUUUUGUAAAUCCUGCAUUCAUUCUGCAUCCUUUGUAAACCACUCAUCCACAGAAAUUGAUUCUGUCAUGAGUUUUCUCCAUAACAUUGGCUAUGUAUUUUCUUCCUUUUAUUUCUUGAAAUCCUUUUAUCUUAACUGUAAGUAUUAGAGUAAAUUUACUAUUUAAAAAAUCCUGUUUAACAUUUGUUUUGCAGAAAUUUUCCUGUUUGUUACAGUGGGUGAUCAAUAUUAAACCAAAGGAAUAGAAUAAAAAUUAUUUGAAGUUAAUAUUUGAGUUAAUCUGAAAGAUGAAAAUCUAGCUUUAAAAUUAGCUUUAGGUUUUUUUGCGUCACGUUUUAACCACAGAUUUCUCCCUUUAAAAUCUCACAUGAAGCAAUGAUAGAAAUAUUUAUAAAGAGUUUUGUAUAUUAAAGGCGAUCAUGGCAGAGAAAACUAUUUUUUAAAACUAUAUUUUGUUUGUUCACUAUUCCAUACUGUGACAAUUGAGUGCAAGACACAGUGCUUCAUGUCUCCAUAACGUAACCAUAUUGUUCGCAUCGGACGUCAAAUAGUUUUUUGUACUCAUUAAACAUUUCAAAUUUAUUUUCACGUAUUGACCGAGUAACUAAUAGAAAAAUGUGUUAAAUCUGUAAGUAAAAUUGACCAAUGUUAAUCAGCACAAACACAACAAUUGAACUUAGUUAUAAGCUUAUUCAAAUUAUAUAUGCUGUUCACUUGGUUUUUUUUUCAAUUAUCAUUUUUGUUAAUUGCCAAAAUCAUGUAUUGACUGAAAUACUGUUCAAAUGAAAUCUCAGUAUUGAAACCAAGGCAGUAAUUCAUGUAUGUCCUGUUGCAGGUCCAUUGAAUUGAUUGUACUGUACAUAGCCUGAUCUAGACUUGUCUUUGUAGAACAUCAGUCAUUUUAUUUUCUGACUAAUGGAUGUGCAAUUUUCACUCCCCCCUCCCUCAACAGUCUGCGCUUAGGCAUUGGCUGAUUUGUGUGCUUUAUGUUGUUCUAACCUGUCUACACUCCUCCCCCGUCUACACCUUCCCUCUUGUUUUGUAUUUAAAAUAUAUGCUGUUCUGCUUCAACUUGCUUUUUUUUUAAACAGAAAAAAAAAAUCUCUUUUGACAGUCCAACUGUUAAAAGAGACUCCAAAGCUUUUUUUUAUAUAACUAGUUAAUUUAACUACACAUUUAAAACAAGAUAUUUUUUAAACACAAAAAAAUUUCUAAAUUAAAACUUUUCUUAAUUUUAAUAAAACCCUUAAAUUUUAUAUAUCACCAUGAAAAUGAUUAUAAAUACGAUUUUCAACAAUGGUAACCAAUGAAGAGCUACAAUUAUGUAAUCAUAUAUCUAUGUAAAGAGCUUUUAUACUUUUUACAAUAUCAAAUUCUGCUGAUGUAAUCAUCAAGCAUGUACUAUAAGGGGACGUAACUCCACCAGUGUCAUACUAAUUCAAAUUUUGUGUUUUCUUCAUUCAUCUGUACAUUCAUAAGCAGUAUAUGCAAAUUAUACUACUAUACACAAAUUUGAAUAUGUAAAUUACUAACAUACAUACUUCAAUUUUUACUUUGCAUUGCUUGUUUUUUAUGUUAAUCAUUUUUGUCUUUUUUUUUAAAAUUUAGAUGUUUGGUGCCACUUUUUUUUUUCUCUAAAUUUAAGUUAGAUAAAAUUAGCUGUGUACACGGUUAAAGUGUACCAGACAAUAGCUAAAAUCAUCUGUUUUCAUUGGUUCCCUACUUAACAUAUUUUUCUAAGUGCCUGUUUAAACAUUAGUUAAUAAUUUUUUUUUAAUAUUUAAAUUUUUUUUUAAUGAUUGUAAUUUUGUCACUUCCUAUGGAUUUUAACAUGUCACAUUUCUAAGUUUGGAAAAAAAAAAUCUUUUCAAAAUUGAAUAAAAACAUUGAAAAAAUAGUUGAUUUAAUUAUUUUUAACCACAUUUUUUGGCAUAUUUUAUUUAUUUCAAAGCUGCUUAUUUGGAUAAUGAUAAAGUUGUGUAAAACAGAAUUUGUAAACUUUAUCCUGUUAUCUAGUUAACCUAACCUCCAACUUCAAAAUUGACAAUAUUAUUCAUACUUUGAAUGAUAAUUGUCACUUUUGUGGAUAUAUCCUGGUCAGAAUGUCCACUUUUUGUGUUAGUACAUAUUGGGUGGUCAAAAUGUUUUUGUUUAUACAUUGUAGGACUGUUUUAGAUAUACACAACAGUUUCAAGCAGUGCUAUAAAGCCAUAUAGAUGAAGAAUCUAACAAUUCCUUCACCCUUGCCUAUUUUUAAACAUGCAGGUCUCUGCCAGGCUUUUACUUCCCUAUUUAGGGUCAGAGGUUGACCUUUAGCCUCUACCCUAGGUACUAACUUGUGACUUUCAUGUGAGCAAGUCUUGAACCAAACCUCCUCCCCAAGA